ACUUACUCUUAUGCAAAAUUUUCGCACGGUACUUUUUUUGUGUAUAAAUAAAAAGUAAGCGACUUAUUCCCCACUUCUUUUCUUUACUUUUUUUUAUACACAAGUAUGAUGGCAUCCAUCUUGAAAUCCGGUUCUGCCCUUUCAAAACAAGGCAUCACUUCAAGAGCAUUCAGUACCCAAUUCCCCCUUUUACAAAGAGUCUCUGGUGUAGACACUGUCAAGAACUAUAUCAAUGGUAAAUUUACUGAAUCAAAAACUGAUAAAUGGAUCGAACUUCGCAAUCCUGCUACACAAGACUUAAUCGGCUAUGUUCCCGAAACGACACAUGAAGAAUUAAAUGAAGCCACCGAAAGUGCUGCUGCUGCUGCUCGCGAAUGGAAAAAGACGACUGUCUUACAACGCCAAAGGGUGAUGAUGGACUUGCAAUAUCUCAUUCGUCAAAACCAGGAAAAGAUUGCCGAGAACAUUGUUCAAGAACAAGGCAAGACAUUCGCAGAUGCUAAGGGCGAUGUCUUCCGUGGCCUUCAAGUCGUUGAACAAGCCUGUGCUUUGACAACCAUGAUGAUGGGUGAAAAGAUGACAGUUGCAAAGGAUAUGGAAACAUACAGUUAUAGAGAACCACUCGGUGUCGUCGCUGGCAUCUGUCCUUUCAAUUUCCCUGCAAUGAUUCCACUUUGGAUGUUCCCUUUGGCAAUUGCUACAGGUAACUCUAUUGUCAUGAAGCCUUCUGAGCGUGACCCUGGCGCCAUGAUGAUGCUCGCCAAGUUGGCUGCUGAUGCUGGUGUCCCUGAUGGUGUCCUCAACGUCGUCCAUGGUUCCGUUGACUGCGUGAACUACAUAUGCGAUGAACCCAGAAUCAAGGCCAUCUCAUUCGUAGGUUCUGACCGCGCUGGUCAACACAUCUAUACCCGCGGUAGCGCCAACGGCAAGCGUGUGCAAGCUAACCUUGGAGCCAAGAAUCACGCUGUUCUCUUGCCUGAUGCCAAUAAGCAGGCUGCCUUAAACUCUAUUGCUGGCGCCGCCUUUGGUGCCGCUGGUCAGCGCUGUAUGGCUCUUAGCACUUUGGUGUGCGUUGGCGAAACAAAGAAUUGGUUACCUGAAUUGGCCGAACGUGCUAAAAAGCUCAAGGUCGGUUAUGGCAUGGAACCCGACACUGACGUUGGACCUCUCAUCACAGUUCAGUCCAAGGAACGUGUUGAGCGUUUAAUUCAAAGCGGUAAGGAAGAAGGUGCUAAUGUUUUGUUGGAUGGAAGGGGCAUCGUGGUAAAGGGAUACGAAAAGGGUAACUUUGUUGGUCCUACCAUCAUUACCGAUGUCAAGACUGAGAUGGAGUGCUAUAAAGAAGAAAUCUUUGGUCCUGUCCUUGUCUGUUUGAAUGUGGAUACCUUGGACGAAGCUAUCGAACUGAUCAACAGCAACCCCUAUGGUAACGGUACGGCCGUAUUUACCAAUUCUGGACCAAGUGCUCGCAAGUUUGAACACGAAAUCGAUGUUGGUCAAGUAGGCAUCAACGUUCCUAUUCCUGUGCCUGUUCCUCCCUUCUCUUUCACCGGUAGCCGUGGUUCCAUCUUAGGUGACAUGAACUUUUAUGGUAAGAGCGGUCUCCACUUCUAUACCAAGCCAAAGACUGUCACUUCAUUAUGGAAAGAAAGUGAUUCUGAACACACUCGUGCUGCUGUUCAUAUGCCAACAAUGGGUCAUUAAAGAAAUGUUGCAACAUAGAAUUAAAAAAUAAAAAAGUAUAAUACGAUGUAACAUCUUUUCAAAAUAUGUGUGCAAUAUGUUGAAAAAAGGGAGGAAUGAUUAACGGACAAGCAGUAAGGUUUUCGAUCCCUGGAAUAUCAUUAAAAGGAGACCAUAUAAAGCAAAGGUCUUUUUUUUUUAUUGUGGCAAAGUAACAAAAGAGAACCAUUUUCAACAAUGUCUCCUUCUUUUUCUAGACCUUUUGUUAAGCUAGUGCUAUACAUAGAUUCUUCAUUCUCCCUCUUUCCUCCCCC